CAACGCCGCCAUAAUGAAGGAGAAAAGCAAGAACGCAGCCAGAUCCCGGAGGGAGAAGGAGAACGCCGAGUUCCUCGAGCUGGCGAAGCUGCUGCCGCUCCCCUCGGCGAUCACGUCACAGCUGGACAAGGCGUCCGUGAUACGGCUCACCACUAGCUACUUGAAGAUGCGCCAGGUUUUCCCAGAUGGUCUUGGUGACGCGUGGGGUGCAGCACCACCACCCCCACAGCCACGAGAGCUAUCCAUCCGGGAACUUGGCUCCCACCUCCUGCAGACCCUCGACGGUUUCAUCUUCGUGGUGGCGCCUGAUGGCAAGAUCAUGUAUAUUAGUGAGACAGCAUCGGUGCACUUGGGGUUGAGUCAGGUGGAGUUAACUGGCAACUCCAUAUACGAGUACAUACAUCAGGCUGACCAUGAGGAGAUGAACGCGGUGCUUAGCCUGCAGCACCCACACUCUUAUCUCGGCCACCAAUGCCCUACUAUUGGAUACCCAGUGGGCGGCACGUGGAGCGCCAGUGUGGACAUCGAGUGUGAGAGGGCGUUUUUUAUUCGCAUGAAGUGUGUGCUGGCGAAACGCAAUGCUGGUCUCACCACCUCGGGGUACAAGGUGAUCCACUGCUCGGGGUACCUCCGCGCGCGGCGCUUCGGCGAGGGCUCGGCGCCGCUCGGGCUGGUGGCGGUCGGCCACUCGCUGCCGCCCUCCGCCGUCACCGAGCUCAAGCUGCACUCCAACAUGUUCAUGUUCCGCGCCAGCCUCGACAUGCGGCUCAUCUUCCUGGACGCCAGAGUAGCGUCACUCACGGGCUAUGAACCUCAGGAUUUGAUAGAGAAGACCUUAUAUCACUACAUCCAUGGAACGGAUGUACUGCAUAUGAGAUAUUCGCACUGCACACUAUUAACAAAGGGCCAAGUGACCUCCCGCUACUACCGGUUCCUCACCAAGUCCGGGGGCUGGGUGUGGAUGCAGAGCUAUGCCACUAUAGUCCACAACUCGAGGUCAUCCCGACCACACUGCAUCGUGUCUGUUAAUUAUGUGCUCAGUGACAUAGAAGAGAAAAACCUCAUCCUCAACAUAGAGCAAGGCCCGCCCAAGAGUAACGAGCCGCACGCGCCCGCACACGCGCACACGCACAGACAGACGGAGAAACUGAACGAGGAUUUCAGCCCAGACUCCAGCUACACCUACCCAGAAUACUCGCUCCCCAUAAUGCCCAGCUACGACACGCCGGACGAAUACCAGAAUGGCUACCAGGAGAUAUUCUAUGAGAACUACACGGAACCGGAAGUCGCCAAUUACGCGUAUCCGCAGACGCAGCGGCCGUUUUCCGCCAGCUCCUCGUCAUGCAGCUCCAUAGAAAGCUCCGAAGUCAACCAAUUCAAUUAUACAAUUUACUAUGGCCAAAAUCAAAAUGGCCGACCGGAUGGCAAUUUUGGCGGGAACUUCGGCAAGCUGCCGAGUCCUUCAGUACAAGAUGGUUACACUAGCGUGAUAGUGGAUAACACGCAGCAGUUCCACCACGGCAGCAACGUUAAUGAGUUUGUACAUUGAUACCGCGCGACUGAGAGCCUCGCGUGAAUUGUUUAUAAAAACUUCAUAGUGAAAUGUUAAUGCAAUAAUUUUAAAUGUACAUUUUUUGUACGUGACAUAUCUAUUAAAAUUGUAUA